GGGGUGCUCAGGGCCGGUCGGGGGUCCCGGGGCCGCUCUGUCGGCGCUGACCCCGCUCUGGCCCUUCAGGACAUGGCUGUGACUUAAGCCCGUCCGGGGCCAGUGGGGCCGCCGGGAUGGAGCAGCCGCGGCAUCGGGAAGCGGCGGUGGCGGCUGAUGGAGGCGACGGCUCCGGUGGGAGCCUUCAGGAGCAGGGGGUCACCGGUGACCGCCGCGGCUGGGACAGGGCGGGCUGGAACGGGAGCUGCGGGUGGGCAGCGGCUGCCGGCCGGGAGGAGGAGGAGGACGAGGACGGGGACUGCGAGCACGACCUAGUUCCCGAGCGCUGCUGCCGCUGCCGGGGGGAACCGGCCGCUGCCCCGAGUGCCGCGGCCGAGGAGGAGGACGAGGAGGAGGACGACGGGCUCCGGCGUCCCCGGCGGCGGCAGCGGCAGCGCGCGGCGCUCAAGGAGAAGGAGGAGGGGAGCAGGCGGGAGGGGAAGCGGCCGCAGCCGCCGCGGAGGAGGAGCCGCGGGGACGAGGCCGCGGCUGGGUGGCGGGAGCCGCUGCUCCAGGCCCGCAGGUUGGCGGCGGAGGCCAGGGGGCGGCUGCUUUGCUCCUGCUGCCGCCUCAGAGCAGUGGAGCCGGGCUCGGUGCGGGGCUGGGGCCGCGCCGUAGGGCAGCGCGCCUGGAGCGGGUCCUUGCGGGCAGCGCGGUGCCUGCGCACCGCGGCACGGCUCGGCUUCCGCCUGCUCUGGAUGCUCCUGGCGCUCCUGCUGCUGCUGCUCAUGCUGCUACUGGGUUGCCUGCGGCUCUGCGGCCGCGCCGGCGCCGCCGCGCUCCAGUGCGCAGCUGGUAGCCGGCUCCUGGACGUGGCCGCGCUCCGCAGGACGUGGGGGCUGCUCUGGGUCUGGUUGAGGCCGUGCCGGGGUCCCCCUUGGGCGGGGGCCGCGGGUGAGACGGGGAUUGCGGCGCCCGAGGACCGCGGCGAGGAGGUGACCCGGCUGCUGGCCAUGGCCGAGGUGCCCGAGGAGGAGCUGAACCCCUUCCACGUGCUGGGCGUGGAGGCGACAGCGUCGGACACCGAGCUGAGGAGGGCCUAUCGCCGCCUGGCCGUGCUGGUUCACCCAGACAAGAACGAGCACCCCCGGGCAGAGGCAGCAUUCAAGGUGCUGCAGGCAGCCUGGGACAUAGUCAGCAGUCCUGAGCGCCGGAGGGAGUUUGAGAUGAAGUGGAUGGCACAGCACGAGCUGCCGCGCUCGGUGGGUGAGUUCCUGCGGCGGCUUCAGGAGGAGCUGCGCGAGGCCAUGAACACCAUGAUGUGCAGCAAGUGCCAGGGAAAGCACCGGCGGUUCGAGAUGAACCGGGACCCGCUGAGUGCCCGGUACUGCGCCGAGUGCGGCCGCUUGCACGCAGCCGAGGAGGGUGAUCUGUGGGCAGAGUCCAGCCUCCUGGGGCUGAAGAUCACCUACUUUGCUAUGAUGGAUGGGAAGAUCUACGACAUCACAGAGUGGGCAGGGUGCCAGCGUGUGGGCAUCUCCCCAGACACCCACCGCGUUCCUUAUCACCUCUCCUUUGGACCACGGGGCACUGGGCGCCACAGGAGUGCACCCAAGGGCAGCACCCCCUCGGCUGAUGACCUGCAGGACUUCUUCACCCACAUCUUUCAGAGCAGCUCAGGGCCGGGGGGACCCUUCCCGCCACCCUCCACCCCCCCGGCAGCUGCAGCCCCUCCUGGGGUUACCCCCAAGGCCAAGGGGGCUGCACCCAAGGGGGACAUGAGGCACAAGAGGCGGAAGAAGCUGCGUCGGCCGCUGCAGCGCUGAGGGUGGCUCUGGGCCAGGCACUCCAAGGGCUCUUUCCAAUAAGCAAAGCUCUAUUUUUC